UAAAUAUUUUUAGUAUUCAUUUGUUCGUCGUUAACGAAAGAUCGUAUAUCUAUAAGUUUCACAAUUUUUCAUUAUACUUUACACAAUGGUUGGAGAUGGUUUAAAUAGUCCACGACAACAAGGUGGAAAAUCAACCGAGCAGAAAGAUGGCACACUGCUGCCUCCAUUUCCCGAUAAGUAUUCCAUGCGGAAUACACGCAUUCUGAGUGUACCUCGAGCCCAACUCCGUCAGGUGCCAGCCGAAGUCUUUGAGGUAGCUCGUCAGGAAUAUGUGAAUACUGUGAAUUUGGAAGGAAAUAAAUUUGUCGCAGUGCCCAUGGAUUUGCAGAAGUUAAACGAACUUCUAACUGAAUUGAAUUUUGCGAAGAAUCAACUGGCCCAUAUACCAACAUAUAUAUCACAAUUUUCACGCAUGGAUCGCAUAAACUUAUCCUGUAAUUUAUUACGUGAAUUACCUAUGGAAUUUGCUGGGCUUCAGUUGCUAAGUCAUCUGAAUAUAUCGCAUAAUCGUUUCGAUAGUUUGCCCCUCUGCAUAUAUGAGUUGGAGAAUUUGGAAACAUUGCAAGCCAACGAUAAUCAAAUAGAGUCAAUUAAUGUCAGUGACAACGGACUGGGAGCUCUGAAACGCCUCAACGAACUUGAUUUGAGCAAUAACGAUAUCCAUUACCUGCCACCCCAAUUGGGAAAUCUUACGAAUAUCCAUCACUUAAAAUUAUCAGGCAAUCCAUUUCGUCAACCACGCCACCAAAUAUUGGCUAUGGGCACUGCGGAAGUAAUGAGUUAUUUGCGUGGUCGUAUACCAACAUGAAAUUGACUACAUGAGAUUAACCAGAAAAGCCGAAGACAACAACAAAAAAUAAAACGAAAUGAAAUUGGUCAGUGAACUUGAAGUUUUGGCGCCAGCAGGCCAAAUCACAAAGAAUCACUGGUAAAUAAUAAUCAAUGCCAACGAACCAAACCAAAAAAAAAAAAAGAGAAAAAAUGAAAAUGUGUUGGAAUUUCUUCAGGCUAACUUACACAAACAAAAUUGAGCAGAAAAAAAAACAAAAAAUUGUUGACGUUUUAUCUCUGUUCCCCCUUUAUCUUUCUCUUAAAUCUUGUCUAUUUAGGAUAUAAAUACAAAUUAAACAAUGUAAGCAUUUAAAAAAGAACUA